AUGAUUGCUCUUCGAUACAGAGAAACCAUUCCAACCUCGAAUCUAACCGUUUUGCAUUCCGAUGAUCUUCAGUGCAAUUCAGAAGAUGUUCAACAAAUCAUCGAAAAGAAUAUCGGCUCCGAAGUGAUUGUUUCAAAAGAGUCAAUCUAUCAUGAAUUAUUCAUGAGAAUGGGUGGACGAUGGACUGUAAUUUGUCGAGAGAUUCAAAACGAUCAGUCUCUUCCCGUUUUUGCUACUCGAAGUCCGUUGUUCUGCUCAGGAAACAACUCAAAAGUUGCUUGUUUUGCUGCCGAAUUU